GAGCGCUCGGCACUGGCUCCGGCUCCAGCGCGCCAAGCCGUUAGCACCGCCCCUUCCCGCCGGCUCCACCCACCGCCGCCUAGUCACUAACCCUGGCCGCCGGGUGCGCGGCGCGUUCUUAAACCCCGCCUCCCGGGCUAGGGCGCGCUCUCCGCGUCGCCCGGCCCUAGGCGGUUCCGUUAGCGGCGGGAGGGAAAACCGCCCCCGGCGUCCCCGCCUCUGCUGCUAACGCUUUCCUCCCUACUCCCCCUGCGACCACCCCGCAGCUCGCUACGGAGGCCCCCGAAGUACAAACGUCCCUCACGCUCCGAGCCCCCUCGGACGCUGCGUCCAGUCUGACUCCUCGGGCCCUAAGGCCCUGUGCUCAUUUUUCUUUGUUUUUUGUUUCUUGUUUUUCUUUUAGUCAGGAAUUCUCACUGGUGAGUUCCCUAAGGCGGCAGAAACUUUUGCCUCUUCACGGAAGUAAAAGUUGGUUCUCUUUUACCCGCUGCUGCCCAGGCCUCCCGCAUUCCUUCCCUCCCGCCUCUCCGGAUAGUGGCGGGCGGGGGAGGAGGAAGCCAGAGCGCCUGCGCGGGGAGGCCGCUUUCCAUCCGGGUCCCUGUCCGUGCGGUGCAGCAGGUCGGUAGGCGGGAAAUGGCGACUGGCUGAAGGAGCUGGUUCUGUUGCUGCUGAGGGAUAAGCGGGAAAGACACCACCUAUUGCGCAGUUGGGACCAUCGCCGGAGCCCGAGGACACUUUUCUGUCGUCACAGUGAAGGUUUACAUGUGGCACCCAUAAAAGAUGAAGCUGAGAACACGGAAGGCUUCUCAGCAGUCCAGUCCAAUCCAAACACAGCGCACUGCCAGAGCAAAAAGGAAAUACUCAGAGGUUGAUGAUAGCUUGCCUUCAGGAGGAGAAAAACCAUCCAAGAAUGAAACCGGCUUAUUGUCUUCAAUUAAAAAGUUCAUUAAAGGAAGCACGCCCAAGGAAGAGAGAGAAAAUCCUUCAAAACGGAGUAGAAUUGAACGAGAUAUAGAUAAUAAUUUAAUCACAUCAACACCAAGAACUGGAGAAAAGCCUGACAAACAGUUGUCUCGAGUAAGACGGAAAAGUCCAGUCAAUGGAGAAGCUGGUAGUUAUGAAAUGACAAAUCAACAUAUAAAACAAAAUGGAAAAUUAGAAGAUAAUCCUUGUUCAGGUAGUCCUCCAAGGACUACAUUGUUGGGGACCAUAUUUUCGCCAGUCUUCAACUUUUUUUCACCAGCAAAUAAAAAUGGAACGUCAGGUUCAGAUUCCCCGGGACAGGCUGUGGAAGCUGAGGAGAUAGUGAAACAACUUGACAUGGAACAGGUGGAUGAAAUCACUACCAGCACUACGUCAGCUAAUGGAGCGGCCUACUCAAAUCAAGCAGUUCAAGUGAGGCCAUCACUCAAUAAUGGUUUAGAAGAAGCAGAAGAAACAGUUACUCGGGAUAUCCCACCCCUUACAGCACCAGUAGCUCCAGAGAGUGGUUACUCAUCAGCUCAUGCAGAGGCCACCUAUGAGGAAGACUGGGAAGUAUUUGACCCCUAUUAUUUCAUCAAACAUGUUCCGCCUCUGACAGAAGAACAACUAAAUAGGAAACCUGCUCUUCCUCUGAAAACGAGAAGCACACCGGAGUUCUCCCUGGUCUUAGAUCUGGAUGAAACGCUAGUGCACUGCAGUCUGAAUGAGCUGGAAGAUGCAGCACUAACUUUUCCAGUCCUUUUCCAAGAUGUCAUUUAUCAGGUUUAUGUGAGAUUAAGACCAUUCUUCAGGGAAUUCCUGGAGCGAAUGUCUCAGAUGUAUGAGAUCAUUCUUUUUACUGCUUCUAAGAAGGUGUAUGCAGACAAGUUACUGAACAUACUAGACCCUAAAAAGCAACUGGUCAGGCACCGGCUUUUCCGUGAACAUUGUGUUUGUGUACAAGGAAAUUAUAUAAAGGACUUAAAUAUCCUUGGAAGAGACCUUUCUAAAACUAUAAUAAUUGACAACUCACCACAAGCCUUUGCCUAUCAGCUUUCUAAUGGAAUCCCUAUAGAAAGCUGGUUUAUGGAUAAAAAUGACAAUGAACUCCUAAAAUUGAUUCCAUUUCUGGAGAAGCUUGUAGAACUGAAUGAAGAUGUCCGGCCUCACAUCAGAGACAGAUUUCGAUUGCAUGAUUUGCUGCCCCCAGAUUAAGUUCAGAGACUUGUCAGAUCACUGAAGGGGGGAGAGAAUGCAGGACCCUUUUGGACUAAGACAAAAACAUUGCCAUUACUGUUGAAAUUUUGCAUUUUUGUACCCCGUCUUGCUUUUCUUAUCUUUGGUGCCCAAUAUUAAUCAAGGGUUAGAGAAAGAGACUAUCUUGGAUUGAACACAUACAGUGGGCAGGCUAAAACAGAAGCGUCUGUAGAGUAGAACAACUCCAGUGAAACUUUUAUGUACAGGACAUCUGCAGCUUAUAAAGAAUUCUGUUUCUGCCACCAGCAGUUUGACCUGUAGCUACACAGGAUUUUAUGAUAAUCACAGAGGUGAGAGUGGACUUUCAUUUUCUCUCUGUUUGGUGCUCUCAGUGGGUUUGUAGCCACUUUUCUGUUACUUUACUAUUCUCAUUUCAACAGGAAUGGCCAGUAAAAGUUGUUUUAUUUUUCCUGUUAAGGUUUAUAACCUUUUUACAUUUCUGACCUAUAUUAGAUUAGAAUCUCAUGAUGCAUUCCUUUUAGUUAAGGCGCUUCAUAGUUUUCUGGAAAUAGUCAAUUUUUAGGUUUUUUUUUUAAAUUUACAUUUGAAUGGCCGUUUUCCUGCUUUGUCUGCCUGCAUAUUGUAUAUUUGUUUAAAAUAUUCUCUACUUUUAGUCCAUGUAAGUUUCAUUUUUUAAAAAAUGCAUUUAUAUUUUGUUCUGUAAUAUUCUACUGUAGGUGAAAUCUUCAAAAAUCAAGAGACUGGGUAGUUAAGAAUAUAUGAAUGACUAAUAUUCAAAUGAUUUGAACCAUUGUGAUGGCAUGUAUUCCAGAUGGUAAUAUCUUGCAAUGGCACACAUUUAAUGGAUAAAGGUAUACCUCAGACUUCACUGUGCUCACUAACCUUUGAGGAGAACGAGUUCAGUCACCUGUUGGGCUUGAUUCAGUUACUGCUGCCUUUGGGUUUUCUCCAGGAAUGAAGUAUUCAGCACAGUGACUCAGUAUUUUUACUCUGCAUGGGCUGGUAGUACCUCUGUUAUGCUCCCGGUUACAAUCAGUUUAAAACUCUGUGUAACAGUCUUGGUACCUAACAGUAGCUAUGCAUAAUCCUGUGGCACAGUACACUCCCGGGCCCCCAGUGCAGUUAAUGUGCUCAUAGUGGUUUUCUAUGCUAUAUGAAAAUAGUCGUCACGCCUUGGUUCUCUAAUGCAGCUACCACAAGAGGUUGAUAUUUUUAUAGUGGCGUGUAAUCUCCUUUUCAGGAGGCUUUUUAUGGAAGGUAGAAUUUGUAAAAGUUAGUAUGCUUUGCCUCUCAACUGCAUUAACAUGCCGCAGGCUCAGACUGUUUUUGUGUAAAGGAUGUCAAAGAACGGCACUUUUUCUAAAGAGAAGUUUGAUAUUUUGUAUGCUUGUUAAGAAAGUACAGUAUUGGAAAUUAAAGGUGGACAACUGAUAAUUGAGGAGUAUGUCAGUUAAUUUUUUAUGUAUAUUACCUGUUUACUUGUACAACUUAUUGUACAAAUUACAUGCAGCUUCAUUUUCAAAUGAAUCCUUAAAAUAAGGAAAUCUUUUUAGGAAAACAUUUAAUUUUUGUAUUUUUGAUUUUAAGGGCAUGAGUUGUCAGUUUUCAGUGUAUUAAUGAAGAUUUUAACUUUUCAUCAGGUUGAGUGUUUUCUUACUAUAUUAUCUGUUGUGUAUGUAGUUAGCAUAUUGUGUCACUGAACUGUUUAAAAAUCUAGCAUGUAGAGCAAGCCUGUUUUGUGGAAAAUCCUUAUUCAUUAAAAAAAUAAUCAUGGCAGAUUUUCUGCAAAAAAAAAAAGCAAAAGCAUUUGCAAUUCAGAUUUUUUUAUUUUAAAGAAAAGGUAUUUUGCUUGCAGGAACAAUACUACAGAUUCAUUUUAAUGAGAACCUUUGAAAUGUAUUUAUCUUUAGGGCACCUGGGCAUCUUUAUGCUGUUUGUCUUAUGUCUUUCUUGAAAUAAAAUGUACAUAUGUUACCUUUA